AGCGGCGAUGGCGGCGGCGGCGGGAGCUGCAGCGGCGGCGGCCGCCGAGGGGGAGGCCCCCGCUGAGAUGGGGGCGCUGGUGCUGGAGAAGGAGCCCAGAGGAGCUACCGAGAGAGUUCAUGGCUCUUUGGGGGACACCCCUCGUAGUGAGGAGGCCCUCCCCAAGGCCAACCCUGACUCCCUGGAACCUGCUGGCCCCUCAUCCCCAGCCUCUGUCACAGUCACCGUCGGCGAUGAGGGAGCUGACACUCCUAUAGGGGCCACACCUCUCAUUGGGGAUGAACCCGAGAAUCUCGAGGGAGAUGGGGACCUCCAUGGGGGACGCAUCCUGCUGGGCCAUGCCACAAAGUCAUUCCCGUCUUCCCCUAGCAAGGGGGGUGCCUGUCCCAGCCGAGCCAAAAUGUCAAUGACUGGGGCUGGAAAAUCACCCCCAUCAGUCCAGAGUUUGGCUAUGAGGCUGCUGAGUAUGCCGGGGGCCCAGGGGGCAGCAGCAGCAGCAAUACCUGAACCCCCUCCAGCCACAGCCAGCCCAGAGGGGCAGCCCAAGGUCCAUCGAGCCAGGAAGACCAUGUCUAAACCCGGAAACGGACAGCCCCCAGUCCCCGAGAAGCGGCCCCCUGAAGUGCAGCAUUUCCGCAUGAGCGAUGACGUGCACUCGCUGGGGAAGGUGACCUCAGACGUGGCCAAAAGGAGGAAGCUGAACUCAGGAGGUGGCCUGUCGGAGGAGUUGGGUUCUGCACGGGGUUCAGGAGAUGUGUCCCUGGAGAAGGGCGACCCCGGGUCCCUGGAGGAGUGGGAGACGGUGGUGGGGGAUGACUUCAGCCUCUACUACGAUUCCUACUCUGUGGAUGAGCGAGUGGACUCGGACAGCAAGUCUGAGGUUGAAGCUCUAGCUGAACAGCUGAGUGAGGAGGAGGAAGAAGAGGAGGAGGAAGAGGAGGAAGAGGAGGAGGAGGAGGAAGAAGAGGAGGAGGAGGAGGAAGAUGAAGAGUCAGGGAAUCAGUCGGACAGGAGCGGUUCCAGCGGCCGGCGCAAAGCCAAGAAGAAGUGGCGGAAGGACAGUCCGUGGGUGAAGCCGUCACGGAAACGGCGGAAGCGGGAGCCUCCGAGGGCCAAAGAGCCACGAGGCGUGUCCAAUGACACAUCCUCCCUGGAGACAGAGCGAGGGUUUGAGGAGUUGCCCCUCUGCAGCUGCCGCAUGGAGGCACCCAAGAUAGACCGCAUCAGUGAGAGAGCGGGGCACAAGUGCAUGGCCACGGAGAGUGUGGAUGGAGAGCUAUCGGGCUGCAACGCCGCGAUCCUCAAGCGGGAGACCAUGAGACCGUCGAGCCGCGUGGCCCUGAUGGUGCUCUGUGAGACCCACCGCGCCCGCAUGGUCAAACACCACUGCUGCCCAGGCUGUGGCUACUUCUGUACGGCGGGCACCUUCCUGGAGUGCCACCCCGACUUCCGAGUGGCCCACCGCUUCCACAAGGCCUGCGUGUCCCAGCUCAACGGGAUGGUCUUCUGUCCCCACUGUGGGGAGGACGCAUCUGAGGCCCAAGAGGUGACCAUCCCCCGGGAUGGGGUGACCCCACCAGCGGGCACUGCAGCCCCCGCCCCCCCACCCCUGGCCCAGGAUGCCGGGAGAGCGGACACUUCCCAGCCCAGCGCCCGGAUGCGAGGUCACGGGGAGCCCCGGCGGCCCCCCUGCGACCCCCUGGCUGACACCAUCGACAGCUCGGGGCCCUCCCUCACCCUGCCCAGUGGAGGCUGCCUCUCAGCUGUGGGGCUGCCACCUGGGCCAGGCCGGGAGGCCCUGGAGAAGGCACUGGUCAUCCAGGAGUCGGAGAGGCGGAAGAAACUCCGUUUCCACCCCCGGCAGCUGUACCUGUCAGUGAAGCAGGGCGAGCUGCAGAAGGUGAUCCUGAUGCUGUUGGACAACCUGGACCCCAACUUCCAGAGCGACCAGCAGAGCAAGCGCACGCCCCUGCACGCGGCCGCCCAGAAGGGCUCAGUGGAGAUCUGCCACGUGCUGCUGCAGGCUGGAGCCAACAUCAACGCAGUGGACAAGCAGCAGCGGACGCCGCUGAUGGAGGCUGUGGUGAACAACCACCUGGAGGUGGCUCGUUACAUGGUGCAGCGCGGCGGCUGCGUCUACAGCAAGGAGGAAGACGGCUCCACCUGCCUCCACCACGCAGCCAAAAUUGGGAAUCUGGAGAUGGUGAGCCUGCUGCUCAGCACGGGUCAGGUGGACGUCAACGCCCAGGACAGCGGGGGCUGGACGCCCAUCAUCUGGGCUGCGGAGCACAAGCACAUCGAGGUGAUCCGCAUGCUGCUGACACGGGGCGCCGACGUCACCCUCACAGACAACGAGGAGAACAUCUGCCUGCACUGGGCCUCCUUCACCGGCAGCGCCGCCAUCGCCGAGGUCCUCCUGAACGCCCGCUGUGACCUCCAUGCUGUCAACUACCACGGGGACACGCCGCUGCACAUCGCAGCCCGGGAGAGCUACCACGACUGCGUGCUGUUGUUCCUGUCUCGAGGGGCCAACCCUGAGCUGCGGAACAAGGAGGGGGACACGGCGUGGGACCUGACCCCUGAGCGCUCCGACGUGUGGUUUGCACUCCAGCUCAACCGCAAGCUUCGGCUCGGGGUGGGAAACCGGGCCAUUCGCACUGAGAAGAUCAUCUGCCGGGACGUGGCCCGGGGCUAUGAGAACGUGCCCAUUCCCUGUGUCAACGGGGUGGACAGCGAGCCGUGCCCCGAGGAUUACAAGUACAUCUCGGAGAACUGCGAGACGUCCACCAUGAACAUCGACCGCAACAUCACGCACCUGCAGCACUGCACGUGUGUGGACGACUGCUCCAGCUCCAACUGCCUGUGCGGCCAGCUCAGCAUCCGCUGCUGGUAUGACAAGGAUGGGCGGCUGCUGCAGGAAUUUAACAAGAUCGAGCCCCCGCUGAUUUUUGAGUGUAACCAGGCGUGCUCCUGCUGGAGAAACUGCAAGAAUCGCGUAGUGCAGAGCGGCAUCAAGGUGCGACUGCAGCUCUACCGAACAGCCAAGAUGGGCUGGGGGGUCCGCGCCCUGCAGACCAUUCCCCAGGGGACUUUUAUAUGCGAGUAUGUGGGAGAGCUGAUCUCUGAUGCCGAGGCUGACGUGAGAGAGGAUGAUUCUUAUCUCUUCGACUUGGACAACAAGGAUGGUGAAGUCUACUGCAUCGAUGCCCGUUACUACGGCAACAUCAGCCGCUUCAUCAACCACUUGUGUGACCCCAACAUCAUCCCCGUCCGGGUCUUCAUGCUACACCAAGACCUGCGAUUUCCGCGCAUUGCCUUCUUCAGUUCACGAGACAUCCGGACCGGGGAGGAGCUGGGGUUUGACUAUGGUGACCGCUUCUGGGACAUCAAAAGCAAAUAUUUCACCUGCCAGUGUGGCUCUGAGAAGUGCAAGCACUCAGCGGAGGCCAUCGCCCUGGAGCAGAGCCGCCUGGCCCGCCUGGACCCCCACCCCGAGCUGCUGCCCGAGCUCAGCUCCUUGCCCCCCGUCAACCCCUGAGAGUGGACCACACACACCCCUCCCUACCCCAGGACGGCCACCAACUCGGCAGCCACCUCUGCUACUUGCUGCCCACAGCCCACACCUGGGGGUGCCACAGUCUCCUGUCCCUGCACCCCUCCACACAUUCCUCAGCCAGAGAUCCCCGCCAGGCCCUGGAGGUCUGACAGCCCCUCUCUCCCAGAGCUGGUUCCUCCCUGGGAGAGUGACUUCAGGGCUGGCCACCCCCCUGUUCCCCAUCCUUAGCUGAAGUUUGAUGAAUUGAAAUUGGGGCCCUAUGCUAACUGGUUUCCUUUGUUCUCAAUAAAUGUUGGGUUUGUAAUAA